UCCAUUAUUUUGCAGGUGUUAAGAGAGACACAAUGGCAAGACACAUAUUUAUCGGAUGCGGGAGAUAUCGUUUUGAUCUGGCAGUGAUAACUGUUGAGCCAGUACUUUUUCUUUACAUGUUCACAAAUUUUCUUUACUAUCCGACCUUGCAAGCUCUCAUUUUCAACAAAGUUUGCCUUCAAAGCUAUGACACACAUUUUUGUCACUCCUUACAAUACAACCAUACUUUUAAGGAUGAGCACAAAACAGAAAAUCACGAAGUAACAGCCGAGACCUCUUUUUGGAUUCUAAAAACAACUAUUGCUCUGACAGUGUCUUCUUUUUUUGUGGUGAUUUUCUUCCUUGGAGCAUUAGGGGAUAAAGUUGGUCGAAAAAUCCCAGUAAUAUUGCCAUGCAUUGGAGCAUUUUUAGCCUAUCUGUCUGGAUUACUCAAUGCAAAGUACAUGUCAGCCUCGUUGAAUUAUAUUCUAUUUGGACCUAUUUUAAAUGGGCUAUGUGGAGGUUACAUUGCCUGCCUCAUGGCAGUCUACAGUUAUAUUGGUCACAUAUCAACACCAGCCUCAAAAAUAACCAGAGUAGGCAUUGUUGAAUCCAUGGUGUUCCUUGCUGGAACUAUAGGAGUGUUUGUUUCUGGUGUCAUGCUGGAUAAUGAAGGUUACAUUUUCACAUUUUCAACUCUAUGCAUCACCAUGGGUAUCACAAUGGUGUAUGCCUUCGUUUGGUUGGAAAAUGUUCAUUCGCCAGGCAAUAUACAUGAAAGAGAAUCUUGUCCUAGUAUGAUGUUCAAAUUUUUAAAGGAAUCUUUUCAUUGUGUUAUGAAACAGAGAGAUGGGCAUGCAUUUUCUGCCAUUGUCCUUCAAAUUCUGACACUUGACAUACUCAUGCUAUGUACAUCAGGUAAUAUAUUGAAUUAAUCAAAUUGUUUGCAGGUAGCAUUCUGCUUUACUAAUAGCAUAAUCUCAUUAGUGUAAUUGUUUUUCAACCACAUUUUUUUUACACAAUUAAAAUUAUUAUGACCAUAAACUUUGUAAUUUUGAUGAACUUUAUAGUCCAAAUGUAUCGGUUGUAAGGAUAAGCAGUUUGGAGAAGUGGUGUGACUUAGUUGUUUAAGUGGAGGACACACCUACCUACCUAUCAUGCAAAUACUUAAGAUGAAUCCCUGUUCAAAUGGAAAUACAUUCUUGUUUCAGGAGAUAUGGAUAUUGCCAUGUUGUAUCUCAAGGAAGUACUCAACUUCUCUCAGACCUUGUUUGGCUAUUUGAAAGGUUUGGACAACUUCCUUAGGGGCCUGAUACUGCUGACUUUCUUGCCAUUGGUCAGGAAGUACACCAAAGUGAAAAAUUUGCAACUGGUCAUGCUUGGGCUUCUGUCAUAUGCUGCAGGUUUCAUCACUAUUGGAGCUGGUCGGGCUAAAUGGGUGAUAUUUUUGGGUACUGUUCCUCAUAUCCCCCCCCCCCAAAAAAAAAAAUAGAUAAAUUAUAUUGUUGUUUUAAACCUUUUUUUGUAUUAUGUUUGUAAAGUUAAUCUGUUUUAAGCUCAUAAAUUUAUCAUUUGUUAUUUUGGGUACUGUUCCUCAUAUCCCCCCCCCCCCAAAAAAAAAAAUAGAUAAAUUAUAUUGUUGUUUUAAACCUUUUUUUGUAUUAUGUUUGUAAAGUUAAUCUGUUUUAAGCUCAUAAAUUUAUCAUUUGUUGUAAACUGACUGUUGUAUUAAAUUUUUUGGUUUUAGAGUUAUAUAAAUUUAAUGUAAAAUGAAUCAAAAUCAAAGUUUGAACAGGACUAUUUCUUAAAUUUAAUAAUUGUCCUGCCAUUGUUAUGUUCAAACUCUUGUCUUGCUGUUAUUAUUUGACAAGGGGCUGUCAUCGGUAUGUUUAAGGGCCUUCCAUCUGCUGGACUCAGGGCAACCAUGUCCUCACUUGUAGCUGUAGAUGAACAAGGUAACUGAUACAGUUUCAAAGCCAACUGAUUAGGUGUGUUAAUCUAUUUAAAUUAAUAUAUGAUGAGCAUGUUUGAUGACAUGAGUCAGUAAUUGUAUUCUAUAGUCUGAUACAAAUUUGGAUUAUUCCUAAUAUCUGUAAUCUUUCUGAUAAGGUCGUCUGUUUGGCGUUAUUGCUGCAUCAGAAAGUGUCAUCUCCCUUUUGGCAUCUGUGUUGUUCAAUGAGUUGUAUCCUGCUACAUAUGACAUCUACCCUGGUCUCUGCUAUAUGUUGGGAGCUGGGCUUGUAAUCACUGUUCUCUUUUUAGUCAUGUAAGCAUAUAUCUGUAUUAGCACCAAUAGUUACACUUAAAAUGCAAGGAAAUUAUAGAAUUAUAUUUACAUUUUUAGAAGACAGACCCAUUGGCAAACAUUUUUUAAUGAUUUAUUGUACAGCAUAGAAGAAUUUCAGUCACAUGUUUUCUGCCACCUAAAGACAUCUUAAAUUAUUUUUAUUUAAAUGCUAUCAAAAUACAGCAGUGAUGAUAAAAAAAAAGUAUUCAACAUGAUGUGUUCUAACAACCUUGUAGGUGGUUUGAAGUGUAAUGGAAACAUCAACAGCCAAUAAAAAAUGAGGAAAUAAAUGAAAAGUUAAUAUUUAUGUAUUUACCUCGUAUGAAUGGGAUGAUUCAUUUGAUUCAGUAUUUGGUCAGACUGUGUUUUGUCUGUAAAUUAUGAACAAGGUAAUGGUGAGAGCUUUCAAAUGAAAAUUGCUGAUGUUAACUUUAAAAAAAAAAAGAAGUCAGAUUAAAUCGACGGAAAUAUAACUUAAGCUGAUUAAUGAAUAGACCUUGCCUUUCAGCAAUAAAUACAGUAUGUGAGACAAACUAAUAAAAAAAAAACUGAUAGUAAAAACAGACUUAAAAAUUAACAAAGACAUUGGUUUCAAUCUUGGAGGUUUGCAGGUAUGCCGCUGUGUGCCAUAUAAAAAUAUAAACCUAAAAAGUUCUUCCAUCCUUCCAUUCCUAACACAGCUGAAAAUGGUGUGAUUUCUUUUCACAUUAAAGUCGUAAAGUGGUAUUGAUUAAAUUACCAGUGUUCCUAAUCUGCUUAACAGAAAAUAUGUAGUAUAAAUAAUCUCAAAUUAGCAGUGUGAAAUGGAAAUUUAGAUAAGUACUUUUUUUUAAAAACUAUGAGGCUAUGUUGUUCAUCUGUUUACGCAAAUCGUCUUUGUCUCAGUAAUCAAAUUAAAAGCUUUAUCACAGUGCAACCCUCUUGUGAUUAGUUAAUUUUCUUCACAGAUAUGUUCACUUUGUGCUGCUGAGAGAGAAUGCCUCCUCUGUAAUGUAUGAGAGCAUCGUGGAUGACAGUGCAGUCACCAGGUGUAAUGAGGAUGACCCAAAUGUCAUCAGUAGCUGAGACUGAUGUGCAACUGAAAAUACAGUUCCGAAGUUCCGAGUUCCUUUUACAUAAAUGAUGUUUUUUUUUUUGAAAACUGCUGUUGUCCUAUGUGGUUUAAAUAAACCCAAAAUAACUUGUUCAGACAAGCUUUCCUCAUUCUUUGUUACAAAAUAUUUUAUGGGGAAGAAAUUAUUUUUAUCUUAGUUUUUUAAUGUAACCUUUUGUCUUGUG